AUGGGAGGAUGCUCCAAUCUGCCUGACGGCUUCUGGGAAGGUUUGCUGGAUCUGCUCGUCUCAGCAGUUACUCUGCUCAUUCUCAGAGUUGUUUCCGACAGCUCAAAGUACGACAUGAUCGUCAACAUCUCUUUGGUAGCCCUGUUGGUAAGCAUGGUGCUUUGGCGCCUUCAUUUGCUUUGGCUGUCUUACUCCAGUUAUGGUGGAAACUUGCCUUACUCCUGCGGCCACGCCACGGUUGGGGGCAAGGAGCUCCCGGGGCUUUUGCGAGCCAAUGAGGGAUCCAUCGGGGCACAUGACUUGGAGUUCAGCGUUCGU